CACUGAAUUAUAUUAUUGUCUUCUUGGGUGGAAACUCGCAUUUCUAUAUCUCAUACCAAGGAUCGGUUCUUCAAUACCGUUCGCAGAGAUGUUGAAUCACACGUACAACAAAGGAUAUUUUUCUUUAAAUUUUCUAAUUGUGAAAUGCUUGUUCUUGUAUCGUCCGGAUCAUAUUCAAACACUGCUAAGUGAUUCUCAAUGCAUUAACAAAUCCAUCCUGUACAACGGAUUUAAAGAUUGGGUUGGAGACUCCGUUUUCAUGAGAAGUGACGAAGGUUAUAAGGAAAGGAAAAAACUAUUGUUGCCCGCUUUUCGCCCAAAAGUAUUGCAUUCAUUUAUUCCGAUAAUCGAGAAGAAUGCCAGAAAAUUAGUUGAGGUGCUGAUGGAAAACGAGAAAGUUUUCGUAGUACGUGUGGUUAAACUGUGCGGAUUUAAUAUUUUGUAUGAUACAAUUCUUGGAGUUAAAGAAAAUUCUACUUUCAGAGAAACAACUUCUUACUAUGAGAAAUUAAUAAACGCAACAUUUAAGCCAGUACCUGAUAGAUCAAUUAAUUUUCUGAUGUCGUUCGACUGCUUCUUUUAUUUAACACCAAAAGGGAGAGAAUUUAGAUCAAACAAGGAAACUUUAAGGAAAUUAACAAAAAAGAUAAUUGCUGAAAAAAUUCGACGACGUGAAGACGAAGAAAACACGACCGAAAUUAAUGGAAAUCGAAAAUCUCUGUUGGACUUUCUCUUGGAUGCUAGAGAUAAAAAUCCAGAACUGUCCAUUGAGAGCAUUUGCGAAGAGAUCGAAUUUUUUCUUGGCGCUGCAUACGAAACAACAGCACUAACUGUCACCUGGACGUUAUACUUAUUAAGUCAACACGGAGACAUUCAAAAAAAAGUUCAGCAAGAGUUGGACUACAUAUUUGAAAAUGAUAUCGAUCGAUCUAUUGAGAAUGAAGAUUUAUACAAAAUGAAGUAUUUGGAAUGUGUCAUAAAGGUCGGCAAUUUUUAG